AUGGAUCCAAUAAAGUACAUUUUUAAGAAGCCCACUGUCAGUGGAAGGAUUUCUCGGUGGCAAAUGAUGUUAACCGAAUACGACAUCCAAUAUGUAACACAUAAAGCUAUCAAGGGGAGCGUCUUGAAUGACUACCUUUCCCAUCAACCCGUGGAGGGUUACCAAUCGAUAAAGUUUGACUUUCCUGAUGAGGACAUUAUGUUCAUUCGAGAUUGCAAUAUCCUGGGCCCUGACGAAGGACCCGAACCAGGAUCGCGGUGGACGCUCAUGUUCCACGGUGCCUCUAAUGCAAAAGGACAUGGGAUAGGAGAAAUUAUCACAUCUUCGAAUGAUUUUCACAUUCCAUUCACUGCUAGAUUAUGCUUUGACUGCACCAAUAAUAUGGAAGAAUAUGAGGCAUGCAUCUACGAUAUUGAAGCAGCUAUUGACUUAAGAAUCAAGAUUUUUGAGGUGUACAGAAACUCUGCUUUAGUGAUUAGUCAAGUUCGAGGAGACUGGGAAACUCGGGAUAAGAAGUUGGUUUCGUACAGAGAACACGUGGUGAAGUUGAUUCCUUAUUUUGAUGAAAUCACUUUUCAUUAUAUCCCAAGGGAAGGGAAUUAG